AUGGGAAAGACUUUAGAAGAGUGUCACAAGAUCCUUGGCGUUGAUUAUGGCGCAACAGAAGGUAUUUUUUUUUUAGGAAUUCCUGAAAUUUACCAGCUGAUUUUUGAGUGAAUUUCGUACGUACCGGCUGCGACAGUUUGACGGUUAGCAUGUUCUGUUUUUUUUCUAAUUCGAAGAAUUUUUCAGCUUAAACGUCCGAAUUUUAGCCAGAGUUACUUUGAAACUGAUCAGUCGUGAGUUGGAAUUACUGUAUCCAGGGAAAGGUUCAGCCUAUAUGCAAUGGAGUACUGUGUGUUGUUUACUUGGUCUUAGUGUAAUCGUCCAUAUCAUCAUCAGAUCUGCAUUGACUGAACCUGGCUGUAAAUAGCGCAGUAACUCUUUGUAAUUAAAAUCUCUGUCGCUUAAAUGUUUCUCGAAGGUGUAUUACCUUUUGAAAGUUUACAAAUCGAUCGGUUUCAGGAUAGAUGUAUGAAGGAACUAAAGAAAUAGAUUUAUGGCCUGCGAUUAGGCUUCCAUAUCAUGGAUUUUGUAAAAAUUUCACCAUUUCAGUUUGGAAAGUAGGAAAGAAGCUGUUACAGGGAUGAUAAUGUUUAUGAUAUAUUCCAGAAGUGAUUUAGCCCUUCAACUCCCGAGAGUACAGUUCUUACAGUAUCGACUAAUACAGAUUUAAACAGGAAUGAGAUGAGAAGAUCUCCGUAUGGCACUGAACACAACGGAGAAUUUCAAUUUAGACGAUGGGAGUAAAGGGGUUUACAUACUGAAAUUUAUCCUUUAUAAUAUCAAUUCUUUAUCCAACAAAACUGGUGGCGAAAGGGAAGCAGUAAAUAAUAAAAUAAUUAACAAAGAGGUAAAUAAUUAACAAAGAGGUGUUUAACAAUUGAUAGAGAGGAGUAUUAUCAUUUAUAAUAAAGUUCGGAUAUAACGCACGCUGUCAUUGGUUGAAAGAGCGUGCUCUAUGAGAGGAUAGAGCAUAGAACUGAGCUAAAACUGUCACGCCAUCUGCCAAAUUGUACUAUGUUCGACCUUUUCCGGGACUUCUUUUUAGCUUUCUUUCCGAUAAUUGAAAGUGAAAUUUCGGAACAAGCGAGCCGGCAAGUAGCAACAGAAGAACCAAAAAAAGGUUUGUAAACAUACCAGGCGCCGUAAUUUACGUUAUUAAAACGUGAGCAGAUACGAAAAUCCUCAAAGGAAAAACAAAAUAGACAUUCCGAGUUUUAAAGAUUUUCACGCUCAGUUAGAUUGCAAGCUUACUUGCGGUAAUAAAAAUCAAACACAGCCAACACUCGUAUAGUAUAUAAAGUUCAGAGUUCAAAAACAGAACAGAAAAAAACAGAAAUGAUGAAAAAUAUAACAAAACUGGCAUAACUGUUAAAAAUUCAUACUUAUCAUGACGGUGUCUGAGCAAAUAUGAUCAUGCUGAAGUCCAUCGCGGUUCGCUUAUCAUGGCGAUCUCCAGUCAUCACAGUAAAGCAAGCCUCAGAAACUACAUCGGCUGCCCUUUGAGUGAAAAAAUAAGAGCUCGUUCUGAUAUCCUUUCGGAUGUGUUGAGUGGAAAGUCACUUCAGUCACUGCAGCCGAGUUUUGCGGCGCUGUCAUCCCGAGCGAUCUUCAUGUUCCGGUGAAUUCGGCUGUCGUUCAUUUAAAAAACACUCUCCUUGAACAGUUUGUUUUCUACCUUGUCAUGUGGAAAAACUCAUGUGUUUUUAUGAGCCAUAAUUCAGCUGAAGUUCACUGAACAUUUCACUUCAAGAUUCUGUAUUAAAAACUUCAGGCAAAAGCGUUAAAUUUGACCUGCUGAACUAUUUUAGUUUGUAAACUAUCGCAGAUUGUGAACUUUGAUGGUUUGACACUUUUGACAGCUUUUGUCUUGUACAGCCAAUCAGAUUAUUUGAACCAUUCUAACAGGGAUUCUGAUUGGCUUAUUUUAGCGUGCUCUAUGAGAGUAUAGAGCAUGCUGACGAAACUGUUGUUCGCUUUGGAAAUUAAGUUUGUUUUGAAAAUUGAAAGUAAUGCAAAGGGAAUUUAACGGAUUCUUUAUUAUAAAACAAAUAGAGAAGCCUUGACUGUGCUCUGUUCUGUUAUAAAGCACGCAGGAAGCGGCUAGAGCACUCAAGAAGUGGGAAGAAACACUCGACUACGUCUCGUGUUUUCCCUACACUUCUUUCAUGCUCUAGCCGCUUCCUGCGUGCUUUAUAACAGAACAGAGCACAGUCGAGGCUUCUCUAUUUGUUAAUUAGACUUGGAGACUUAAGAGUUGAAAGUAUUGAAAAAUUCUCUCUUUAUGUCAGAUGAAAUCAAGAGUGCUUACAGGAAAAAGGCACUGCAGUGUCACCCAGAUAAGGUACUGAUACCCAGGCUAGAGAGUGUGGCAGGAGUGUUUGCAAGUCUUUUGCUUAAGUGUUCAGUUUGCAUAUCAUUAGCAUAUGGUUUUAUGUGGUAGUUUUAAAACUAAAAGGCAGUACUGUAGCUAUAUAUGCAUGGGUUUUUGUCUCCCAGUUGUUUUGCCUUUGGUAGAUGCUGCCAAAAAUGACUGCACUGACAAAAAAUCUCCAUGGGUUCUGCCAGACUCUGCAGACUGGCCUGAUACUGUACCUUACACAAUAAAUGUGAUAUCAAAUCCAUAUCUCAGGCUGGGACAAUAAAAGAUGUUAUUCCUAAGAGGAUCAUAUGUGAAUAUUUUCUGAAUAGUUAGUGUAUAAAAGACUGUUAGAAAGUUAAAUUUCUUGGCAAGAAUAUGUUUGUUUCAUAUAAUGCAAUGAAAUAAACUCAGAUUAUAGUAAUUACUGAAUGAGUUUCUAGCUGUCUCCCCUCUUAUGUGUGCGGUUGUAGCUCUGUACUAAAAUAUUCAUUUAUUUCUUAGAAUCCUGAUGACCCCUUGUCAACACAGAAAUUCCAGGAGUUAGGCCAUGCAUAUCGACAACUGACUGGUAAAGAGAGAAUUGACUCUGUUCCAAUAAUACAUGGAUCAAACAAAUUUCAUAGAGAAAAAAAUUUGGCUAUGAAUUUAAUUAAAACCAACUGCAGAGUCUGUUUAUCAUUUUUUUUGUGUGUGUUAAGGGGAUGAAGAUGAUGACAGUGAUGAUGAUUACAAAGACUAUGACAUGGAUCUGUGGAAAAAGGUAAAAUCUGAACUCCGAGUUUGUUGUAUAGAGAUUGAAACAAAAAGCUAACAAAGAGCAUUCUAGAAAAGCAGUAAUAUGGGAAAUAUUAAUAAAACUGAUCAUCUUGAAACAAGCUGUAUGGAAGAGGAUAGUGUUUUCAGUCUCUUGUUAUUUGACCCAAUAUAUACUUUUUUAAUCUUUUAUCACUGUUGUCUGUGUGAGUUGUGUCAUAAUUGUUAAAAAACCCAUACUAAUUAUUUUUUCAUCAGUUUUUCUUCUUUUUAUUCAGAGAUGAGUUCAUCCAAAGAGGUAACAGUAUUUUAACUUUUCCUGGUUUGCACUGGAUAAAAUAAAAUAUUCCUGUGAAUAAGUUCUUCAAACUUGUACCUCAAACUGCUUCCAGGUAGCAAUGAAUUACUGACAAGAGAAAAUAUCCUUAAACCUAUUCUUACAAUAAACUACUUUUUUAUUUUAACCCUGCUACCCCACUGGAAAUUUCUGUAUGAGUUUGAGUCUAGCUCUUUGGAAAAUUUUUGCCUUGACAACUUCCUCCCUGUUGGUAUUUCAAACAACUUUCCUUGUAAUUGUUUUGUAUGGCAUUGUCGCAACUGUAAUUUUAAGCUAAGAUUUACAUUCCCUUUUUUUUCCUCCUAUAGUUUGUUGCCAGUGCAGCAGAUGUGUAAGGUAAUAUGUGCAAUUUAAAACUUUAAACUUAAAAUGUUCCUAAAAUUCUUUUAAAUUUUGUAUUAACCUCCCUGAUAUGUAAUGUAUUUGGGAAGCUUUAAAUAUUAAUAGGAUAUGUUUCCUGUAAUAUCUCUUUUGCAGAUCAAGAGAAGAAGAAGAUGAUGAUGAUGAUUUCCUAGCUUCCCUUGUAAAGGUGCACAACACAAGAUCAAAUUGUAAAAAAAAUUUUUGAAAUUUAAAAUCACAGACGUAUUUUGACACCCUGUUGGAAAUUGAUAUUUUUGUUCCUUUUUUCGUAAAUGAUAGGAGCAGGAUGAAGACUUCACGGAAGAAGAAGUAUGUGUUGAGUUUUAAAACUAAAAUUAUCAUGGGCCAGUAGAAUUUCUUUGUCCUUUAGAGUUGUUCAGUGAGUUGUCUUUGGCUCAUAGUGAUGAAUGCACAAAUUUUUCUCAUCAGUCUAGUUGUUAUAGAGCCUAGAAAUGAACUGCUAGAAUGAAUUUUAAAUUUGCUCAACUGUAAGCUUAAAUGUUCUGAUCCUUUGUUUUUUUCCACUAUGUAUUAGAUGGCUCAGUUCACAAGUUUUGCAAACCUCAAAGAGCAGAGAGAGGCCAAUAAAAAGAAGUUCUGUGAUGUAAGCAUCAAUGUGAUUUGUAAACAACUAAAUUGCACUUGAUAUGAUUUAUAUAUUUAUUUGUAUAACGAUGUGGCUCUUUUUGAAAGCAGAGAAACCUGUCAAAUGGAAAAAUUAAACAAAAAGGAGUGAAAGGAAAUCAGGCAAGAAAACAUCCAGUUUUAAUUCUCGCUAACUUUGACUUAAGCCAAACCUAUUAUACUUAAUUUGUAGGGUUUUAUUAGGCUUUGAUGACCAUGUUUACAUGAUAUAUUAUUAGGUUAGGGCUGGUUAUAUCUUUCAGAGUUGUUAUUUUGCUAUUUUAGAUUUCUUAAGCUAAUUGCUUGAAUAAGUCUCUGACAUUUCUUUUUCCCUAUCUUAAUUUCCCUCAGCCAAAGUUAAAGAAUAACAAACAACUUAAAGCAGAACAAUGGAAACGAGAAAAGGUGUUUAAAAAUACAUUACUGAAAACUCCUUUAGAUUUGCUGCUUAAUUUAAACUGUAAGCUGAUGCCCAGCUUAGCCUCUAGAGCUGUAGCCUCUCUGUGGCACUGAAGCAUGUGUUGUGGAUGCCUGUGUGUUUCAAGAAGCCAAGCAAAGCAAGUAUGUAAGAGGUUUAUUAGGUUUGUUUGGGUCUGGCAUCAGAUUCUCACAAACCUGUAGUCCAAUUGAAUUUUGCUUGAAUGCUUUGCAGAAGUGAUGAGAGCCUGCUCGUAGAUUUCUAGAGUCAAAGAAAUAAUUAACAGAGAAGUGGGUGAUUGAGCUGAGAAAGAAAUAGGACUCAUGGUUUCAUUGCAAUUUUCACAUGUAUUAUUUGUUUAAUGCUACAGGAAAUAUCUGAAAUAGCAGUCCAAACUAAAGGUGUAAAUCAAACUCUACAGCAAAAGCAUAAGGUAAGAUUAAUAUACAGUGACAUUUUAAAGGCACUGCAGGACCAAAGGUUGCCACACACACACACCCCCCCCCCCUUUAACCGCCACCCACCACUCAAUAGUGGUUUUCUGUCAUUCAUUUUAGUCUUGUGGAUGAGUAAUGUUCAGACAUAUCAUGUGGUGGCUUUAGACAGAGGUCACUUCCUAAUACAUUAAUUCUUCCUUGAUGAUUUUUUUGUUCAAUUGCAUGUCCUUUUCAACUUUCCUGCCACUCCACUCCAAGGAUUGCAUGUGUGGUUGAAAACCAGUAAAACUGAAUUUGUGAAUCUUGGCUUAAUCCAAUUCUUCAAAUGAAAGUUCAAUAUUGAAAUGAACAUUGGAGUCAAUAUUUCAGGAAGCAAACUCAAAUUUGGUUCCUCUUACAGACACUUAACCAGGCAUCAACUCUGAUUUUACUAUAUGAUUACUAUGGAUCUUUUUCCCUUGUUUUGUCCUCAUAACAGGCUUUUUCUAGAGAUUCUAAAACAAAGACACCUACGCAGCAUAGAAGGUAUGGAGAUGACAUGAUCAAGAGAUCAAGUAGCCUAUGGAUGAGUAAUGUGAUAAUAAUGCUACUUUAUGUACUUUGUAGUUUUGAUCAUCUUGGCAAUGUUUACUUUGGUCAAGAGAAAAAUGUGAAAGAACGCAGUGAUGGUGCUUGUAACAAGAGGAAUGCAAGGAAAAAAAAGAACAGGAAGGUAUUUGUCAUUUGUUAAGUCUAAGUUCACUUGCAGUUUUUAUUUUAGACUGGAAGAGAGAUGAAAUGUAGAGGUGUUUAGUGCAUGAUGUCUGGUACUUUGGCGUAUAUUAGCUCCCAAGAAUCUUAUGACUGCUUCUCUUUGUUACUGUUAAAAACCUCUGUCACCUAAAACCUGAAUGCUUACUGAAGUUGCACAUUUAAGGAUAUCACCUGCUUUAAGGGAGCUCAAGACUAAAAGUUCCUUUUGCAGCUGCCAAUUCAAAAAAUGUGCUUUUUCAUCGACUUCAGCAAACCCAACCUCUUUAAUGUUAUUACUUUUUUAAAGUUGUAUUCUUAUGUUGGUUUAUUGGGAGCUGUGGUUGUUUUUGCUUUUGUAAUUUCUAUAUACUUAACUAAGCAAUAUUAUCCUAAAAAGCUAUGUCACAAAAAGAACAUCACGAAGAAAAUAUCCUCCUGGGAAAUUGAGAAUACCUUUCAAUUUUAGAAGAAGAGACCACAAGAUUACUGCUCUGUAAUUCUGUGUUUUAAGACAAUAUACAACGGUAUUUUGAACUUUUCAGAAAUCAUCAUCAAGACAUCAAGAUGACAAAGAAACAAGCUCCAAAUCCACAACAACUGUUCCUGAGCAGAAAUUUGUUCCAAACGUUUUCAGAAAUGUCAAAAUCAAACCAGAAACAACGCGGAGACAAGAUGAACUUACGGGGAGGUUACCAUGUUACACAAGUCAGAGAAGUGUUUCAGGCAAGGUACAUUACGUAGUAUAAGUACAAAGAGCAUCAUCGAUCUCCUUGUCAUUUUAUCAUCGUCUAGCAGCUAUUCAGUCAGUCAUGCAGUCAGCCAGUCAAUUAUCUACUUCAAUUUAAAACAAGAAGAAAAAAGGAAAAAUAAAUUCAAGGAUGAAAUCAAACCGUAAUAUUAUUCACAUUUCUCACGAAUUCCAACUUUCUGGGCAAAACUGUGAAGGACCAAACGGUUCUUUAGAAAUUACAUCAAGGCUUUUUUUUAGCUAUCGAACUUUAAACCUGCAAUUCUUUUUAUUUUGGGUAGCAAACUGGAAGAGUGUGGUAUGAGUAUCCAAAAUUCGGCCCCGCCCCAUCCAGACCAAGUUCUGUUACGAACGUGUGGCAGAAAAGACAAGAGAAACAGAUGCUGCUGGCGGAGCUACAGCCUUCUGAUCAAAGUGAUGAAGAAUUACAGCUACAAAUGGCCUUGGAACUGAGCAAGAAACAAGCAGAAAUUGAGGAGCAACAAAGGUUAGAAACUUAAAAAAAAUAAAGUAACAAGAACACCUGCAAACGGUCAUGAAGAAUCAAGGAAUAUUAUAUCUUUAAAGAAUACAACUCUGAAGAAGUUUGGAGUUUGACCUAAACAAUUUUCAUUUUUGUUCACAGAGAGAUCACCUUACUGGAGAGACAGAUGGAGGAAACACUCCAGUUGGAGAAAAAACUUAAAUGUCAAUCCAGCGAGGUAGAGAUUCAAGCCAAACAAGCCACUGUUAUGGGUCAUGACAGUUUUCCACCGCUAGUGGGACAUGUUGAUGAUGAGUGGGUGCUACCUUCGAGCGGUGAGAAUAAGGGCGAAGGAAACGAACAAGAAAAAAAAGACUCCAGAAAAUUUGCUCGCAACAAGGGCGAUGAUGACAAUCAUAGUAGUACUGAGACCUUAGAACGGUGUCACAAGUCCAAACCUGAAUACAAGAUGGAGCACUUAAGAAAAGGAAGCGUUGAGGCGAAUGGAGUAAAUGAUAGGACAAUGUUUUUAGGCAAGUCGCACUUUCAAUCGCCACAGCUUUGCCGAAGACACGAUUCUGAAACCAAUUCUUGUCCAUACGGGAAAAAUUGUUGCUUGGGUAAGCACUGCAAGUACUUACAUCCGUCAUCGAUUGACAACCGUAAAAGAUCAAAAUCAGGUGAAUUUAAUAUGGGCAGUCAAGAUCAGUGCGAUUCUAAGGUUAUUGACAGGGAUAACAGAUCAGAGCCAAGCAGCUUAACGGGAAAACAAAUGCAAUUAGUUGCGUCUUGUGAAGGGGUGGAUGGAGAAUCGGAACCCUGCUGUGGAUUACAGAACUAUGGAAAAUCAGAUGAUGUCUUCAUACAAUCUACUGGCUUUUAUACGACACAGAAAUCUCGCUAUGUUGGAGAGACGGACAAUCCUAACACCGCGUUGAGAGAGGAACAUAAUCAGUGCGACAUAGGUACCAGUGAAUUUGAGAGUAUAAGCCAGUGUUCAAGAUUCGACAUUCCUGUCAGUAAGUCAAAGACAUUACUGAACAACAGGUUUUCAUUAUGUGAGGGGACAACUGAAAAUAACAGCAAUGCUGAUCAACCAGGUCUCUGGAACAAGAAAUACGCACCAACAGGGAAUCCUCAGAAAGAUGCCAAAUAUGGUUCAAUCUUGUUUAAAAAAUCCUCGUCAGGAGCAACAUCAAGUGCAGCCAUUACUGUUACAGCUCCAACUGUGUACGUUGUUGCAGAUUCUCAGUUUCCUUUUGGGGCACCUGCUGGUAAAGGCCUCCACCAAGCAGCUUUGGGGUUACGAUCUAAUGCCAGUCUUUCAAGUGAACAGAAACUACAGAAUUCACCGGGAGCCUUUAACCAGUCUUCGAGUUCGGUUAACAAUAGUGAAAGACAGAUUACAGAAGCCACAACAACAAAAGUAAUGGCUCAAAGCCGGAAAGAAACCUCUGCGGGUCCUGGUCCUGGUCCUGGUCCUGGUCCUGGUCCUGGUCCUGGUCCUGGUCCUGGUCCUGGUGUUUCUUUACUUCAAACUGCGUCAGUGUCGUCUGAAAUUCUGCCAAGUCCACGCUGUAGUUCUAGUACUUCUCUGCAAACCCCAGCAGCCAUUCAGACUACGACUACUAAUAUUUUCCCGGUAUUUCCUGGUUUUCCGUUUCUUCCAUUUGCCAGUGUUUAUCCUUGUAUUAAUCCAGCAAAUGCUGCUGCUUCUGCAAGCCUGAUGGCGGGAUCGACAGACGAAAUAUCCUUUCCAGUGACAUCUGGAGCAUCUAGUCAGCAUGAAGGAUCUUUCGUCUCGAACCAAGUAGUACUACGAGCUCACCUAAAGGCUGGUCUCAGUGGUGGGUUGUCACCCUUAGGCCAGGUUCUUCCAACGCAGAAUGCCCCAUCAAUAAUGGCUGCGGAAGGAAGGAGUGAGUUAGUGCCAAACCUAGCGCAGCUCUCCGAACCGGACGACCUUAGUGAGCUCCAGUCUCCAACCUCAAUGCUACUAAAGCCAUUUAAUGUCGCAUUUCCAUUAAUCAACCCUCUAUCAUUUGUUAACAUCAGCACAGGGAUGGCUUUAGGGACACCAUGCUCAGUGCUUCAGAAUGGCUGCCAAACUAGUUCUACCUCUGUGCUAACUGCCCCAUCUCAGGUGCAAGGUAAUGAUAAAACCAGAAAGCAGUCCGAAUUGGAGCAAAAAGGAACGGGUGUUAACACUCCCACGAAGGUGAAACGUGAUUUUGGAAAGGAAGAUGACGCUUCUGCUGGUUUUGGCGGGAAAACGAAGAUGCUUAGAAGACCUAUUACAAGUGAGUGUAGGAUUUUGCUAAUCUUUUAACUCCCAAAAGUGAUUAACAUGCAACUUCUCCCAAUAAUAUUCAUACAUUAUUCAGCAAACAGGUAAUGAGAUUACUUAAAGUUAUCAGGAAGAUAUUAUCUGGAUAUAAACUCACAAGGAAAGGUGUAGCAGUCAGAGGGGAGAAUUAACAAUCAGAUCUUUGGAGUUAAGUGUCGUGAUACAGUGAUCAGAAGAAACAGUCAACAAUUCAUCUGAAAAGACAAGAGUAUCAGUUAAAGAGAAAGAGGAAGUUUCACGAUUAAUUUACAAGGAAUCCAUUCUGAUUGCUUGAAGGGAGAAAGAGUAAUCGACGUGAUUUUGUAGGGCUUUUGAAGAAAAAUUUUAAAUUUUAAUGUGAGUUUGUACUAUCGAUCACAAAGGUCUGAUUUGUUAAAAGCUGCGUUCUGGCGAAACGAUCUUGUCGCACCAUUAUUUUAAUUGAGUUUUCGAGGCCGCUGUUUUGUUGUUCAGUUCGUUUACAUUCAUUGGAUUUAUUUUUCCUCUUCGUCUACAGUUCCUAUGGUGAUGCAGCAGCAAGCAUCCAAGUAAAUUUAGAGAUUUUCAUACAUUUUUAGAAAUGGCAGUACUUCCUUGGUGAGCAACAGGUGACAAGGCCGCCAUAGCUCGGAAAAUAGUAUCAAGACGAAUCAAUUUCCCAGUCAAAGACAGUUCGAUACAGCUGUUGUUUGAAUUUCGAAAAUGAUAUUAAGUGCAUGGUAAAAUACAUCGAUUGUAUAUUAAGUUUGAAUAUUUAUUGUUGAUAAAUAAUGUUGCAAUUCGUAUUGUCUCUCACGGGAAAAGGCUACUAUGUUAGAAAAUAGAGAUAUUUAUUGACGAACAUCUGAAAACUUAAAUCAGAACAACAGACCAGAAGUAAUAUUUGAUGGUUACCUUGGAAUGACGCUUCGACAGACGCUUGUACUCUCAGAAGGGAUAUCACAACUUUGCAAAUAUUUGGUUUGGUUUGGUUUGGUUUGGUUAGAUCUUUUAGUCGUUACAGUUGAAAAAAUUUUCGAUUUGAUGUGGAAAAAGGCUUACGGAAUAAACUCAGAACACUCAAUCAGGAAACACUACCGCAAGUUUACCCUCUGAUUCAUUUCACUUUUCCUCAAAUCUCGUGUAAGGAGAUUCUCCUUAUACACACCCCGAAAAACA